UCAACUGCCCGAAGCCCAGCUGCCACCCUCUCUCUCCACAGGCCCGCAGGCCCCCGCCAGCCACAGCACACACUUCUCACGGGAGGCCAGAGUCAGGGGGCCGGUGAGGGUCCGGGACAGGAGGGGGCUGUACUCCUGCCUACGGUGGCAGUCACGGGAGGCGUCAGCCCCCAGGAGGCCCUGGGCCUGGGGCUGCUCCUGGGAGCCCGCGGCGUGCCCUUGGCCCUGCUUGGCCUGGCUUUUUGCCUCCAUCCUUGGGCCUGAGUGCCCUCCAGAAAUACACCGGCCGUGCUGCUUCCCCAGAUCGCCUUUUCCUCCGUCCUGGGUUGAGCAGGCAGUAUGGUUCCCCUUUAUCUCCAGCCUGAACUGCAGGGGACAUUUGGCCCCCCAAUAUGGGCAGCAGAUACCUGGGUCUGAGCCUAAGACAACAAUAGAAGGCGAGCUAAGGGACAGGGAGCCCAGGGCAGGAUGUGGCAGUCACCUCUGAGCUUGUGAGUUGGGGGUGGCCAUUCUGGCCUCCUCUGUGGUUCUAGAGAAUGAGUGUCCAGAAGGACUUACAGGAGAGCAGAAUGGGACUGGAGAUCAGUUAGCAGGGGAGGAACAGGGAUCCAGAAAGGGCUUCCCACAAGAAAGCCCAAGAAUCUGCAUCUGUGGACUCACCAGACACCCCUGCCAGCCUGGAGGGUCCGUGGAGAGGGAUUCAGGUGCACCAGGCAUGACGCAGCAGCCGCAAGUGGACACAGAUGCCAUCGGGGCCGGCGAGGGGCCGCAACGGGCCAUGCCCUGGUCAGCCUGGAUCACGCGGCAAGACUGGGUGCGCUGGUGCAUGUGCCAUGUGCCUCGGAGCUGGGCCCAGUGGUGGGCCACGUCGGGCUGGCGGCAGCCCCUCCAGCGUGUGGUGUGGGGACUGGAGGGGUUCUUCUACCUGCUGCUGGCGCUGAUGCUGUGCCACGCGCUCUUCACCACCGGCUCCUACCUGCUGAGCUCCCUGUGGCCUGUCGUGGCCGCAGCGUGGCGCCACCUGCUGCCCGCUGUCCUGCUGCUGGUGCUCAGUGCCCUCCCCGCCCUGCUCUUCACCGCCUCUUUCCUGCUGCUUUUCUCUACACUGCUGAGCCUCGUGGGCCUCCUCAUUUCCAUGUCGCACCCAGACUACACCCAGGACUUGGACCAAUAGAAGGGCAACCCCAUCCCGCUGCCUGUGUCUGUUGAGCCCUGGCCUAGGGCCUGAGGACCCGGGGAGGGGGAGGGCAGUGGCUUCAGCAGGCCCCAGAACCCCCGUCCCUAGCAUUGCUCGGGCCAGGGGUGAUGUGGCCAGAGCUGCCCAGGUAGACUGGCCUGACCUCUGGCCACUCCCUCAAGCCGAUGCUACAGGUAUUUGGUGCGGAGCAUCGGGGGCUUUGAGAAGAAGGGGCAGGGCAGAAGGGUGAGCCAGGGGCAGCGCUUGGCCAAGCCACCGAGAGUUC